CUGGAGGGGUCGGCAAGACUGCUAGUGCUGGGCAGGUUUGUCAACAGUGCGUAACAGAGACAUAACCGACCACUGAAGCGGCUGACGAUAACAAGCCAAUCAGUGACAGCGGAGAAGUGUAGAAAGUAAACUAAAGGUAAUGGCAGAUAAUAUACUGCAGCACAGUCAAGUGAAUGAAGAUGUGGUCACUUUGGUUGCUGAGGGGCGGCAGUUUACAUGUCACAGGACCAAGUUGAUAGCAUCCAGUGACUACUUUAGGGCCAUGUUUUCCAAUAACUUCACUGAACAGGAAAAAAAUACCAUAGAACUUCAGGGUAUAGAUGCUGACUGUCUUCUGCUGUUGCUUCGUUAUGUGCAGUCUGGGAGUUACGUCAUUCCAUCUGGCAGUGUUCUUGUCCUGCUUCAAACUGCAUCUAUGCUUCAAUUCAUCAACGUACAGAGAGCGUGUGAGCAACAAGUUUUAACAACCCUUUCGUGUGACUCCUGCCUGGAAGUAUACUAUGUAACCUCUACCCUGGGAUUCUCUCACAUAGCAACAGCAGCUCUCACAAUUGCAGUUUGGCAAUUCUCAGAAAUCAGAAAGAAGCCACUGUUUCUACAGCUAUCUCUUAGUGAACUGGUAGAAUAUAUUAGCCAUCCCGCCCUGAACCCAGGACCAGGUGGAGAAUGGACAGUUUGGGAAGCACUAGCAAGUUGGGUUGAGGAGAAUGAAAUUGAGAGAGGUGGCCAUCUUCUUCAGCUUUUACUUUGCUUGGACUUCCAUACCUUGACAGUAGAGGACAUAUCAAACAUGCUCUUCUACAGUAUAAUAAGUGAUAACAAUGAGGUAGUACAGGUGCUAAAUGGUUUAAAAAAGUUUAAAAUGGAUAAUGUUUGCUCAAAGGACCCAACAAGCUCCAAAAAGUUUACAGUAGACAGUGAGGAUAAUAUUAAAAAAGAAGGUAAUGAACAACAAGAAGAUGAGGAACAAAAAGAAGCAAGAGAAAUUGUUGAGAAAAUAAUGAAACAGUCCAAAAGAAAGUUACCUCAAGUCCCAUGUGUUGUGGGAUUUAGGCAAUCUCAGUCACAACAGAAGAAGAAAAAGGCAAAAUACAGUGAUGAUGAAGAAUACCAUGAUUUCAAUUUGGCAUCCCAAAUUAGAAAUUUUGAUAUGGUACCAGUUAUAUACUCUUUUGAUCUAGUCACCAAGAAAAUGACAGAGGAAAUAGCUUUAACAAAACUCUGUAAUGGGCCAGUACGAUGUUCUGGAUAUCAAGUUUGUUCAAUAGGACCAAGUAUAUAUAUCCUUGGUGGUGAAUAUCAUCUAGGUCAUGGCAACUGGAACAAGUCUCUGUGGAGAUACAACACGGCCUCAAAGAAAUGGAUUGUUGAAAAUAUGCUGCCCCAGCCUCGGAGACACAACAUGGUCUGUGUUGUAGAUUCUGUUAUUUACCUUCUUGGAGGAUUUGGAAGACAUCGAGUUGUACAGAGUUCUAUGGAUGCCUACGAUACAGCAUUAGGAGAUUGGUUACAGUGUCCAGAUAUGCCACAUUGUAUAACCUAUGGUGCAGUUUGUGCAUUUAAAGGAAGGCUUAUGGUAUUUACUCGAGAAAUGCAGCUGUUGACAUAUUAUCCUUCAAUGAAAAAGUGGUCAGCCAUACCACUGAGAUCCCCAAACAAACAAGGCUAUAAGGCAGCCUUGACCUGGAAGAACCAUAUUUAUUUAAUAGAUGAGUUUUCAACUGAAGUUUAUAGAUUUUCACCAGAAGAAGAUAAAAAUAUCACACGGUUUGGGCGCUUUGUAAAUCCACCGGCAAAUGUUUGUGUCGUAGAUGGAAAAAUAUACAAUUUUAGCUGUGAUGACUUGGAUGAGAGUAAUAUUAUAGAAAUUUUGGAUGUUUCUGAGGAAAUGCAAGAUAGUGUUUUAGAUACUUCCUCAGUGAACACAGAAAUUUCAAGUCAAUUAAGAAUUAAGAAAAAUGACUCACAACAAAUUGAUGCUGUUGAAGUUCUUGCUAAAGAAGUAUGGAGGGAAAAGGAAGCUGAUCUCCACACCUCUACUAACACCAUGUGUCUUGCUGAAGCAACAUUUUCACUCGGAUGUUUCCCACUUUUGAAACUUGGUGAUUAAUUUUUUUUUCUUUCUAGAAGUGCCAUUACUUAAUAGUUUAGUAUUGUCAUUACUGGUAUGUUGGAAACUUAGUAUGAUUAAUUUUUUGGGGGACUAUACAGGUAUCCUUUACACUCCAUCAUUAAAUACCAAAAAGUACAUACUGGGAUACAGUACAGGUAUCCCCUGAUUUCUGAUCAUCCAUUUUACGAUAAUCCGCAUUAACAUAAAUUAGGUUUUAGCACCAUAUAUGCACAGGAAAAGCUUUUCCAUCCUCCUUGCAGCUUCACCUACCCACGCACCGCCUCAUGGCCACCAGACAAACUACUAUACGUGUACAGUCCCGCACUUUGGUAAGAUUUUGCUCUGUUUUGGUGACUGAAAUGAUCAGUGUAACUCUGUAACUUAGAAAAUGGUUAGCAAGCAUCCUGCUGACUCGGAAUCAGAUUGAUGUCACUGCUCCAUCAACAAGAGUUCCCUUAGCCUCGGAGGGGACAUGUGAUGGCCGGGCUUGUUGUUUAUUUUUUUUUUAAUUAGUGUAAAUUGUUUUUUGUGUUACAUGUUUGUGGCCAGUAGUUUCUGACCAUGGUUUGGUUACUUUUGGUUUUAAUAUCCCAAGAGCCCCUUCUUACAGUAAAACAAUUACCUUCAAGAAUGAUAUAAACAUUGACUAGACCCUGAUUGACCAGGAAGUCGAUUUUUCUUUGAAUUGGGUUGACUCCUCCGAGGAGAUGGUUAAAUUACAAAGUUAUGUCUUCCAGUCCAUUUCAGAUCAUUAUUGUCCAGAGGUCACGAAGAGAAUUACAGUACGAGAUGACUCUCCUUAGUAUGAUUCAUCUUAUAAGUUUUCUUAACAGGGAUCAUGGAAGUACAGUACUGUACUAAACGAGAGUGGUGCAGGUGGCGAAUAGACAGUACUAGAUCAGAGUACAGUACAGUACUGUUUAUGACUGCGUGUAGAGCUGUUGUUUGUUUAAUGAGGGUAUGCAAAGUUGAAUACUACAGAUGUCUUAACAUUCUGCACUAUAUCAAGGAUUUGAAGAAGACCUUUUGUCAUCUUUGCAUUCUGAGAAACAGGAUUUAUUGUAUCCGCUUUUAAAGAAACUUGGUCUUGAUAUCUCAAUUUUAUUGAUAUCAUAUAUGAUGGUGGUUACAAAAAUGUGGAUUAAACUGUUUAAUUUUCUGUAUUGGAGGGCAUCUGUACAUCUUAACUUGUUCUACAUGACAUCAUAGUAAAUAUUGGCCACCAAAAUAGGGGUACACAGGCCGUUAUAGUCAUGCCAUCAUGUAUAGUAGCAGAGCUCGGGUUGAAAUUAGGUUUUUCUAUAAUGACAGUAACGAAAUGGCUGCCAUCGUUAAUGGGAUGUUUUAAAAAUGCCUCAGCUUCCCAAAAUCACCAGAACAUCAUAAUCUUUAAGUGUGCCAAGUUACAUGCUUUUAUGACAAAUUGCACAAUUCAUUGAUAUUUUUGCGUAUAUUGCCUGGGCUAAUCUUGGCAAGCUUAAUGUUGUGUCCUUUCAAGUUGGUGGCACAUGACAUCGCAAAAAAUUUACCUGGGUUUACGUUUUCCAUCCCUUUCAAGAAGUAGAAUAUCUUUAUAACAUCUGCCCUAUUGUGUUUUGUCCAAAGAGGUGUUAGUCCUUAGGCCCUCAGUCUACUUAGAUAAAUAAUCAAGAUGCUAUAGUGCAGAAAUCAUCUUAGUUGCUCUGUGUUGCACUCUUUUUUAAGAAUACAGUAUUACUCCACUUUACGCGGUUUCACUUUCCGCAAUUUCUCAUUUACGCGGUGCCUCGCCAGAACCAAACUUUCACUUUCCGGGGUGCAUCUACUCAUAUA